UAGCCCGGAUAGCUGUCGAUUUGCAGUGGUCAUAAACUACAGCGCAAGCGGAGAAGAGGUCUGAGAAAAUUGUCAUUGUGAAUGCAGCUGAACGUUUGUUUGUGAUUCCGAGGCCUUGCAAGAAAUCCUGUUGGCGAAUGUUCUGACCUCACAGGUCCCUUAGCCCGUGUAGGGAUGUAUUUUGGAAUAUACUGUGAUUACAGCUAAACUGGUGGCUGUAAUGCACUGUUAACUUUGGAUGCCAACCACCCUUAAAACCCCGACGAAUAAGGAGUAGGGAGAAGCCCCUGACUGCAGUUCGGGGCCGGCCUCACUCUGGGCGGAGUCAAACGCAUUUAAGACGAACCCUUCGAGAAGUGCCUGACUGCAUCAGGUGUACUUGGAAGUAGAAGGUGGAAGAUAGCUGUCAGAGCGUUAUGGACAACUUUAAACGAGUCAUUUUUGGGGCAGAGCCGAAUUGGACAGCGAUUCUGACAGCCACCGCAUGCGGUACAGGUGCCUUGAUGCUUUUCCUGAGUUGGUUCGGACACAAACAGUCGUGGAAGAAAAUUCAGAGGGCGAAAGCCGGAAGAGAAACGUCACUGCAACGAGCAGCGCUUGCUGUCCUUCAGUUCAACGAAUCUCACCCUGAAACAGACACCUCUCUCAUCCUCUCACUGUCACUGGCUGAGCUGUCCAAACAACUGAAGGGCGGAACACUAACUCCAGAAGCUGUCUUCCACUCAUACAUGGAAAAGACAUUGGAGGUGAAUAGGAGACUGAACUGUUGCACUGAGAUCCUGCUGGAGAGUUGGGAUCAGCUGGAGGAUAUUGGCUCUCACAAGGAUGGUCUCCUUUAUGGGGUCCCUGUCAGCAUCAAGGAAAAUAUAGGAUACAAGGGUCAUGACUCUACGUGUGGCGUGAUCUGUAAGUUGGACCUUCCUGCUACAGGGGACAGUGUGCUGGUUGAAGUGCUGAAGAGACAAGGUGCCAUUCCCUUUGUCAAGACCAACGUGCCCCAAAGCCUGCUAAGCUACGACUGCAGCAAUCCCAUCUACGGUCUGACUCUGAAUCCCCAUAACCCACAAAAGACGCCCGGUGGUUCAUCGGGCGGGGAGGGAGCGCUGAUCGGAGGAGGGGGCUCGGUCCUGGGCAUGGGCUCCGACAUUGGGGGCAGCAUACGCAUCCCUUCAUCCUUCUGUGGGAUCUGUGGCUUUAAACCCACGGCCAACAGGCUGAGUUCGCGAGGUGCUUCCUCUUGUAGCCGGGGCCAAAAGUCAGUGCUGUCGUCCUUUGGGCCCAUGGCAAGGGACGUGGAUAGCCUGGCUCUCUGUAUGCAAGCUCUGCUUUGUGACCACAUGUUCAGACUGGACCCUACUGUUCCCCCAAUCCCAUUUAACCAACAGGUAUACCAGCGUUCCAAGCCCCUGAGGAUCGGGUACUAUGAGAAUGACGGCUAUGCCAUGCCCUCUCCAAGCAUGGGCCGAGCCCUGAGGGAGACCAAAGCGUUGUUGGAGAGAGCAGGGCACACGUUGGUUCCCUUCAGUCUCCCCAGGCUGAGCUAUGCCAUACAUGAGCUGGUUAUCAGGGGAAUCGCAGGCGAUGGAUGCGCUACCCUGCUCAGCAACCUGAAAGGAGGGCCUGUCGACCCGUCUCUGCGGGUUCAAAUUAUUCCGUACGGUCUACCUUACACUGUGAAGAAAAUUCUCUCCAUUCUGAUCAAGCCCAUAUUUCCUCGGUUUGGUGCCUCUAUGGAAAGCCUGUGUGGAGCUAGCUCUGUGCAAGACCUGUGGAGACAGCAUGCGGAUGUGGAGGACUACAUGCAUGAGGUGAUGGCAGAGUGGAGAAGGUGUGAGCUGGACGUGCUGCUCUGUCCCAUGAUGGGUCCCGCCUACAACCAUAACUACCCUGGAAAACUCACCAGUGCGCUGUCCUACACCAUUAUUUACAAUCUCCUUAACUUCCCUGCUGGGGUGGUCCCUGUCUCCACGGUAACAGCAGAGGACGAGGAGGAACUCAGGCACUACAAGGGCAACUAUGGGGACCUCUUGGACAAGCUCUACAGAAAGGCGGUGACUGGUGGAGAGGGGCUGCCGGUGGCUGUACAGUGUGUGGCCCUGCCCUGGCAGGACGAACUCUGUCUGCACUUCAUGAGAGAGGUGGAGAGGCUGUUCAGAGAGAAGAAGAAAUGAGAGAGAGAGAUGGAUGUACUAAGAGGUGGAGAGAGGGAUAAGUUCAGUCUAUGGACAGAAAGAAUGGUAAAAAGGACCUGUUCAAUCAAGCAGUUAAAAUAAUCAAUAUAAGGAAAAGUCACUGGGUUGCUGAAGUAGUAAAAGGAAUAUAUAACAUUAUUCUUAUGCUGUAAGGUAACUUGAAUAGGGCCACCUGGCCCAAAUAAUCGUAAAUGUCCUCAGAAAGCAGGUUGGAGGAAGGACUGAUCCAAGUGCACAGAGAAACACGAAUGGUUGUUCCUUGGCUGCUAACAGUUCACCUGACCUCAAAUAGGGAUACAAAUACAUACAUAUUUUCUUACACACUCAAGAAAAUUGGAAAAUUCUGUUUACAUCAGUCGAUUAAAAAAAAAAAAAAAACGCACCAAUGAAAUGACUUGGUAUUUUUUAAAUUAUAGUGAAAUUAUGCACUUAUUAUUAUAUAGGAAAAUGUAUCUAAAUAUACAGUAUGUCUGUGAUUUUCAUGUCUCAAAUUAAAAAACGUUGUUAAUAUA